AAAGCAAGCGGUUCCAAAACGUCGCAAGUCCGUGUUGAAUGUGUUGAACUUUGUGAAAAUUGCGUAUUUUUCGUUUAAAGUGAGGAUUUAUUUAACGCAGGACGGCACAGUCAUUGCCGGAAAGUAGUUGACACUGUAGAAAAGAUAAAGUGACCCAAGUUAUCAAAGCAGUCGAGUUUUUUCGCUUUUAACAACAUAACCAACAGUAUGGACGCCAGCAGUGGACAUACGGAACGGAAUCAAUCAAAUGGCACAAACAAACCGCAGAAAUGCAAUCAGAAUGUGCAAGUUUACGUGCGCGUUCGUCCGACAAACAACCGUGAAAAGUUGAUCCGUUCGCAGGAGGUUGUGGAAGUUGUGUCCAACAGGGAGCUACAGCUGAAAACGAACACCUUCGACUCACGUGCGUCGAAAAAGUUCACAUUUGAUCGAACGUUCGCACCGAACUCGAAGCAAAAUGAAGUGUACCAAGCGGUGGUGGCACCGUACAUCGAAGAAGUUUUGUCCGGAUUCAACUGUACAGUGUUUGCGUACGGGCAGACCGGCACGGGCAAAACUUUCACGAUGGUGGGAGAGGAGGAACCGGUGCUGAGCGCAGGAUGGGAGGAUGAUACCAGCACCGGCAUCAUACCGCGCGCGGUAAAUCAUCUGUUCGACGAGCUGCGCAUGACGGAGCUGGAGUUUUCAAUGCGCAUAUCCUACCUGGAGCUGUACAACGAAGAAUUGUGCGAUCUUCUCUCCACCGACGACUCGGUGAAGAUCCGCAUCUUUGAUGAUGUGCAGAAGAAGGGCUCGGUAAUAGUGCAGGGGUUGGAAGAGAUUCCAGUCCACAGCAAGGACGAUGUAUACAAACUGCUGGCGAAGGGACAGGAACGUCGCAAGACGGCCUCGACGCUGAUGAACGCCCAGUCAUCGCGAUCCCACACGAUAUUCUCGAUCAUCGUGCACAUCAAGGAGAACGGAAUCGAUGGAGAGGAAAUGUUGAAAAUCGGUAAACUGAACCUGGUCGAUUUGGCUGGCAGUGAGAACAUUUCCAAGGCAGGCAACGAAAAGGGUAUACGAACGCGCGAAACGGUCAACAUUAAUCAGUCGCUUCUGACGCUCGGGCGGGUGAUAACGGCGCUGGUGGAAAAAACUCCACACAUUCCGUACCGCGAAUCGAAGCUUACUCGUCUCCUACAGGAGUCGCUUGGUGGGCGCACUAAAACGUCGAUCAUAGCCACCGUGUCACCGGGAAACAAGGACUUUGAGGAGACGCUAAGCACGAUCGAGUACGCACACCGUGCGAAGAAUAUCCAGAACAAACCGGAAGCGAAUCAAAAACUGUCCAAGAAAACCGUUAUCAAAGAGUACACCGAGGAGAUUGAUCGGUUGAAGCGUGACCUGAUGGCGGCAAGAGACAAGAACGGCAUCUACCUGGCCGAGGAAACGUACAACGAGAUGGUCUAUAAAACGGAAGCUGCCACAAAGGAGCUGAAUGAUAAGUCGGCCCUAAUAAAGUUAUUGAAGGACGAACUAGUGAAGCGACAAGCGAUUUUCGACGAGGUUAAAUCCAGUCUGACUCAAAAGGAUGAAGAGUUGCGCCGCACAGCGAAUGAUCUGGGUCAGACGCGUUCCGAACUGUCCAACACAAAGCAUAGUUUGGCGAAGACAAAACGCCGCUACAUCGAGAAGAAAGUGAUCCAUGAACAUCAUGUCCAAACGGAACAGGCACUAACCGGGCAGGCGAAGCAACUGAUCAACGUCGUUGAAAUGGUCACGAAAGAUACGGAUGGAUUGCACGACACGGUCGAUCGUCGUAAAGAAAUCGAUAGCAAAAACAAAAACGCAACGGAACAGUUUGUCGAUCGAGUGCGCGAACGAAUCCACACGAUCCGGGGUGAUAUGGUCAACCUAGCGAAGGAGUGUAAUCAAAUCACUACGGAAAUGAAUAUCGGAUGGGAGAGUUACAAUCAGGAGGGAGAAAAAUUGCAUAACGAAACCAAGGAUCACCUUUUAGUACUGCAAACAGUGUUUCAAAGCAUGUCUCAACAGUAUACAACUCUUGUGAGUGACUUUAAAAAGACGAUGGGCACCGAGCUGGACGAACGAUUCGAAGAAGUGCUCCUGCAAGCAAACCGAGCGGAACGAUCACGCGCAGCGAUGGAGGAAAGGUUUAACGAUGCGUUACAAAAGCUCCAAGGCGGCUUGCGAAGCACCCUGAAACACCAACAGGAAGAGACACGCCAGAUGUUCGAGCGAAUAGUGGCACACGCCCUGAGGUAUGACGCCAAGAGCGGUGAGUUUUGCAGCUCGCUUUCGAAUCAAUUGACCGAUCUGGAUGAGGUAGCGGUGACACUUAAGAACAGCCACAGCCAGCUGGAAGACUACGUCGCGCAAUCGAACGUUGAAAAGCAGAAGGAAAUGCAAGCGGUGAAGGAUUUGGAGCAAAAUAUGACCACAUUGCUGAGGGACUUUGUGCAGCGUAUGAGCACUUCGCAUGGUCGUCACGAGCAGUUGAUUGGUGUUGUCAGCGGUGUCUCUCAGGAGCUAGCCGGGCGCGAAAAACUGGCCACAGGACAGCUGGAUAGCAUUCGACGCACGAUCGAUGAAAAUCAGGCAUCCAUUAAAACGCUUGCCAGUGAAAGAGAUCAACAAGUGGCAGAGUUUCAGAAGGUUUCCGCUCUGCACCGGACGCAGUUCACGCAGGAGUUGGAAAGUGUGGAUCUUUCUGCCGUAGCUGGUGCCGCGACGGAACAAAAGAAUGCGAUCGAUAGCCAGCGUACGUGCAUAAGCGCUGCGCAGCAAGACGCUCACACGCGGUUAAAAGAGUUUGCGCAAGCAUUUGAGAAACAAACUGAACAAGCUGUCCAGAGCGAAGCGGAUGGAAUCCGACGCGUCGGGGAAAGUUUACUGGCGCAACAAAACACCUGGCAGCAGUACGGAGUGGCAUGCUGUAGUCACUCGCAGCGAUUCGGACAGGCGGUCAAGGAAUUUGAGCAGCAAACUAACCGCAAGCAGCUUACCGAAUUCGAGCACGAUUUUGAGCGAUUCUAUGAAAAGGAUCUUACGUUCUAUCAGUCCACCGGAAAGACCCCCAUUAGGAAGAAGAUUGAUUAUCCGCGUGAUAUUGCCAUUUCGGCUUCCGAUGAGCGGAUCGUGCGAAGAUUCUGGCGCGAAAAGGGACACGAUGAGGACCUUUCUAUGACAAUCUGUGAGGACGUAGAAGAAGUGGCGCCGCUGGAACGAAGUUGCCCACUGCCGCUUGCCCCGGUACUCCGAAACUCGACACCACUCAUGCAACGUUCCAAUAUUAUUAUGGAUGAUGAGCGGGCAAAUUUAAAGGAUCUACAAAUAUCAAAAAUCGAUGAAAAGUUGCAUUCGAUACUCCCGCUGGAUACAAGUGAUGAGCAAGAUAAGGAAAAUCAGGAUGCAAAAGACCAUCGCCCGGGUGCCAACGUUAUGCAGGGCAAUGCACCGACGUUCAUUACCCCUUGAAGCCGUCUACCGUUGCCUCCCGAUGUAACGUAAAACAUUCAACACGCACAGAGUUUUACUAUGAAUGUAGGUACUCGAAUGUGUUCGGUUGUUUCUUUGGCAUAUUUAUGUUUUCUUUCGUUGUGCAUAUGGAAAGAUGUGCCGAAUCAUCUUGAUUGGGUGCAAAUAAUUAAACUAUAUAAAAUAUAAUGUAUGCCAACAUGCUCAACAAUCAUUUAAAAAAAACGUUGCAUGUAAAAGCUUUCGGUAGCAGAUUAAAAAACAAGAAAAAAAAAAUAACUAUUAUUCCCCUAGUACACUCGUAAGUAUUAGGAUGUAACAUGAUGCAUGUAAGAUAAGG